GUAAAAAGAGGGCGUCUCGGUGUCCGCGCGGGCUUGUCUCAGUCGACCUGAGGGGAGUAGAUUCGGCAGCAUGAUCCGCGGGCGGAGGCUGCUGGGCAGGCUGCGUCCUCUGCUAGGGGCGGCAAGUCCCUCAGCGAGCCCGGCGGAGCCUCGCCGGCCGUUUCGUACAGGGGAGCCCCGGCUUUACGACCCCGUCCAAGAUAUGCAGAAGGGAGUCAUCAAUGCCUACAAGAAGAUGAAAGACUUCCUUCCCGGCAGUGACUGGCAGCCCGGGCAUGUUACCGAAGGUUUACCUCCUGAUCAUGCUGAUGUGGUCAUCGUUGGGGGUGGAGUAAUAGGCUGGUCUAUUGCCUUCUGGCUGAAGAUGAAAGAACCACAGAGAAAUGCCUAUCGAGUAGUGGUGUUGGAGAAAGACAUGACGUAUUCCAAAGCAUCUACAGUACUCUCUGCGGGGGGAAUACGGCAGCAGUAUUCAAUGCCAGAGAAUAUCAAGAUGAGCCAGUUUUCAGCAAACUUCCUCCGCACCAUCAACCAAUACCUUGGUGUUGUCACGCAGCCACCCAUAGAUAUUCAGUUUAACCCAUCGGGCUAUCUCUUCCUGGCUUCAGAGGAUGGAGCUGCUGUGCUGGAGGAGAAUGUUGGAAUUCAAAGGAAGGAAGGAGCAGAGAUCUCACUACUGUCACCAGCACAACUGAAAAAGAAGUAUCCGUGGUUGAAUACAGAUGGCGUAGCUUUGGCUUCCAUUGGCUUGGAAAAUGAGGGGUGGUUUGACCCCUGGACUCUACUCAACGCUUUCCGGAACAAAGCAAUAUCGUUGGGCGUCUACCAAAGCCGCGGCGAAGUGACAUCUUUCAACUUGUAUACUGAAGAACUGGUGACGCAUGAGGGGGAUCGUAUUAAUUUCUCCCGUAUCAAGGGUGUUAAUGUCCAGAUGCCCGACAGUAUAGAAUCCACCCAAAUAGAAUGUGGUUUUGUAGUGAAUGCAGCAGGAGCUUGGUCAGGCAGAGUGGCAGAGAUGGCUGGCAUUGGAACUGGGAGGCCAGACUCAAUGCUGGGCAUCAGGCUUCCUGUGGAGCCCAAGAAAAGGUAUGUCUAUGUCUGGCACUGCCCUGAUGGACCUGGCUUGGAGUGUCCUAUGCUAAUCGACACCACAGGAGCUUACUUCCGGAGGGAAGGCAUGGGUGGCAACUACCUUGGAGGCUUAAGCCCUGCGGAAGAGGAAGAGCCAGAUAUCCAGGACCUGGAAGUAGAUCAUGAGUUCUUCCAGAAUAAAGUCUGGCCCAAGCUGGCUCACCGGGUGCCAAGCUUUCAAAGCUUGAAGGUGAAGAAUUCUUGGGCUGGUUACUAUGACUACAACAUCUUUGACCAGAGUCCUGUGAUUGGUGUGCACCCACUGGUGGAAAACCUCUAUUUUGCCACAGGCUUCAGUGGACAUGGACUCCAGCAGUCACCAGCUGUGGGCCAAGCCCUAGCUGAGCUCAUAAUUGAUGGGAGAUUCAAGAUCAUCGACCUAAGUAUAUUCUCCUUCAACAGGGUUUUUAAAGGAAACAAGGCUAUAGAAAGGAAUAUCAUUUAAGUGCUUUAGAGAGCUGGGUAUCUUGAUGGUGAGUCCCAGCCCUUACUGUUCUUUCCUAUUUUCUUCCCUAUUUUUCCCAGAUUAAUGGCUACAUGCCCAUGCAGCAGUUCGUGAAGACUGUUCAGAUUCCCAUACUGUUCCUACAAGUGUUACAUUGCACAGCUCCACAUCAUUUGAGUGGGCCUCAGACAGGAUAAACUCCUUGUGUAGUAUUGUCGCUUCUCCAUUUUCACCCAUGAAACAAUUGAAAAUUCAAGUAAUAAUAAUAAUAAUAAUAAUAAUACAUUUUAUUAUUUAUACCCCGCACAUCUGGCUGGGUUUCCCCAGCCACUCUGGGCGGCUGCCAACAGAGGACUAAAAACAGAAUAGAACUUCAAACAUUAAAAAAAUUCCUAAACAGGAAGUCCAAUACAGUAGACGCUUGGGUUGUGAACGUGAUCCGUGCGGGAGGCACGUUCGCAACCCGCUGUGAUCGCAACCUGUGCAUGCUUGAGUUGCGAUUCGGCGCUUCUGUGUAUGCGCAAAGCAUAAUUUAGCAGUUUUUCGCAUGUGAGCGCGCCGAAACCCGGAAGUAACCUGUUCCAGUACUUCCGGGUUUGGCACAGAGCGCAACCCGAAAAGACACAACCUGAAGCAGCUGUAACCCAAGGUAUGACUACAGCUAUAGAUCAAGACGCUCUCAAUCAGGGUGAUCCAACUUUUCAUACCACGUUGGCCGCAAGAGCCAAGUGGGUGUCUCCAUUGAGCCAGUUACAGGCUAAGAGCAUGAGUCCUUCUUAAUGGGGUCCCUCAAGUCUGCUGCUGUUGUGCAGCUGUUCAGGUGGCUCUAGGAAGCCUAAAAGCAGUGUGUUGAAGGAAUAGCUUUCUGCUUUUUGCUGGCAUCUGGUAUUUAGAGGUAAACCACCUCAGAAUAUGGAGUUUGUGCUGUUAUGUUCUACCUGCCAUUAAAAGAUUUGUGAUGGGGUUUUUAAUAGCCUACUGAGCAAGAGAUUGUCAGUAUGUUUGGGGGCAUGGAGAAGAUGCAACAGCACCUUUUUUUACAGCCUUUCAGCCUAACCUACCUCACAGGGUUGUUGUGGGGAUUAAGUGAGGAAGGGGAGAACCAUGCACACCACCUUGAAUUCUUUGGAGGGAAAAGUGGGAUAUAAAUGCAGUAAAUGAAUGAAUAAAAUAAUGACUAAAUGGUCAUGACCUGAGCAAUUAA